AUGCCAGCUGAGGUCACAGCACUUAAGCGGCAGCAGCAGCAGCAGCAGCAGCAGCAGCAGCAGCAGCAGCAGCAGCAGCAGCAGCAGCAGCAGCAGCAGCAGCAGGGGUCAUCGACACGGCAGGAGUCUUUGGGUUGCACCCUCGACCCCGAGGGUAAUGGCAAGGACGGCUGCAUGAGCAACUACCCCCAGUUCACCCUGGAGGACUUCAGGCGCUUGCCGGAUCGCCUGGUCCUGGUGCGCCACGCUGAGAGCGCGGGCAACCUGGACGCGACGCGCUACUCCGAGACGCCCGACUAUGAGAUUCCCCUCUCAGCCCACGGCCACCACCAGGCGCAGGCGUGUGGCAACCAGGUGCGUCGGCUGCUGGAGGAGGCGUACGGCCCGGGGACGCCCUACAAGCUGCACUUUGUGACGAGCCCCUACACGCGCAGCCGCCAGACGUACGUGGGGCUGCGGCAGGCAUUCCAGGAGGCCCACAUCGGGGGCGUGAACGAGGCGGUGCAGCUGCGGGAGCAGGACUUUGGCAACUUUCAGGUGCCGCACCGCAUUGCGGAGGACAUCAAGGAGCGCAACAGAUUCGGCAGGUUCUAUUACCGGUUCCCAGAGGGGGAGUCUACUGCUGACGUGUACAACCGCGUGGCCAUAUUUGAGGACAACCUGCUCAGAGACAUACGCGCAGGCGAGUUUGGCGCCAACGCGACCAUCAUGCUGGUGUCCCACGGCCUGACCCUGCGAGUCUUCAUGAUGCGCUGGUUCAACUGGAGCGUGGAGCAGUUCCUGCAGGUCUACAACCCACCCAACGCGUCCCCGUUGCUGAUCAACAAAGUGUCUGAGGAGGACUUUCUGGUCAGGAGCCGCAAGCAGGCAGGCAAGCGACAGACCGUCAAGAUCAAGUCGUGCUACGAGCUGGAUCGCAACUGCAUGAUUGACAUGCUGAGGGUCUGGAUGGGCUGA